AUGCCCACUAUCUCCCCCUACCUUUAUACUUCUAUCACAUCCCGUUUUCCUUCAUUACCCAAAGCCGACCGACUGUACUAUCGGACCAUGAUGGAUUCGACCAGGACGUGGCGACAACGGUCGAUCUCGGAGAGUCUUGAAGAGGACUUCCGGAGAAGACAUGAGAGAGCUGGUGCUGAUGUCUCCGCCUCAAAGCAGGCCAAAGAAUCAUUGUUCAGAAGCGGUGGGCUGAGGUCAAUACGCAGAUUUCUCCGCAUUUCGAGACAUGGCGAAGCACAGAAACGGCCUUCAGCAUCUCUGGUGCCCCAUUCUGUGCAUGUGCCAGUCUCAGGACAGUCUCACACUGAAGUUCGCCUCAGAGGGCUGAUACAAGCACAUGAGCAACGGGACAGGGAGACAGGAUCGGCGCUGCUCAAUCGAGCAACAGGCAGAGAAACCAACCCUCCAGACGCCAGUAUUGACGGGCGUCGCUUUGCUGUGUAUUUUGCAACCCCAGCAGUGAGCCAGUGCGACUCAAUCUACCGAAUAUCCGAUGCGCCUAUCCUCCACAACUCGCACGAGCACACUGCAUCUCUCUACUAUCCACCUCGCCCAACAUCUCGUCCGCCCCACCUUCACCGGCCCACCAGCCUUCCCGAAAGCAGCGAAAGCGACGAUCUUCCCCCGCAAUACGCAGCCUCGGAUCCAUAUCCAUUUUUUGACACCGAAUUCGGCAGCCGUCGUCGAUCGACCACACGUAUACUUGAUACCGUGCGCGUAGAUGGGUUCAGGGCUACGACGGGGAGGGUUGGAAGAAGCAUGCUCCACAUGGUCACAGACGUGCCUUCGGCUGUUCAGGCCGCCAGAGCUCGAAUGAAUUCCAGGAGGGCUAGAGCAAAAAUUCGGUGGCUGGAACAGCGCAACUAUUUAAGCGGGCAGGAUAGGGCUUUGACACAAGAACUCAUCGGGUGA